AUGUCUGAGUUAAACAAAACUAGCAGUUUGGUCCAAGAGUUCAUCAUUGUUGGUUUUCCAGGUCUGAGAGACCAAGAAAGUAGAAAAACUCUCUUUGCCAUUUUCCUAACAGUCUACCUCUUAAUUCUUGUUGGAAACCUUCUCCUGAUUGUUAUCUUUGUAUCAGACAGACAUUUACACACCCCUAUGUACAUAUUAGUUUGUGGUCUGGCCGUUUUAGAUGUUGCCAUCACCACCAACACUGUACCCAGCAUGCUUGUCCUGUUCAGACUAGAAUUCCGCACAGCCCCGUUUGCAGCUUGCUUCACUCAGACUUAUUUUUUUCUGGGCCUGUUUUCCACCGAGUCCUUUCUCCUUGCACUAAUGGCUUAUGAUCGCUACACAGCAAUCUGUUAUCCUCUUCACUACCCUAAUUUAAUCAAUAACAGUCGCAUCUUGAGGCUAAUGGCUGGCUGCUGGGCGGUUGGGUUUCUCUGUGCAACCCCAAGUGUGGCUCUUGCUCUUAGGUUUCCAUUCUGUGGACCGAACAAAGUCAUUCAGUGCUUUUGUGAUUAUUCUUCUGUGCUGCUGUUAGCCUGUGGAGAUAUUGUGGUCACAAGCUACGUGGUAUUAUCCAUUGGCUUGAGUGUUUUAGUCUUCCCAUUGGCAUUUAUCUUAUUUUCCUAUGCACAAAUUAUAUCUUCAGUGCUCAGGAUUGCCAGCACCGAGGGGCGACUCAAGGCCUUCUACACCUGUGGCACACAUAUGCUGGUCAUUGCAGUCUUCUUCCUGAUCGCUGCGGGAGUCUUCAUCUCUUAUCGAAUUCCUGGUACAUCAGUAGAUAUGAGAAUUAUGGGAGCUGUAAUUCAAAAUGUGUUUCCAGCACUCAUGAACCCAUUGAUUUACUGUCUGAGGACAAAAGAGAUCAGAGAGAGUCUUUUGAAAAUGUUUAAGAAGAACAAAGUUCUCGCACAAUGUUAA